AUGCAGCUCACGUUCUCCCCCGCUCUUGGCGAGGCCGUUCCCUUGGUCGUGCGACCGGGGAAGCACGGUGCUUCUCAAGACGUCCUCUUCAAGGCGACGUUCGACUCGUUCGCAUCGUACGAGCAUGCAAGGUCUUAUGGCGUGCGGGUGGAGAUGUGGACAGACCUGCCCAUGGAAGGCAAGGCUCCGGGGCAAUGGAGUGCGGUGCCGUUCGUGUUCCAAGAUUUCCGAGACGAGGAGCAUGGCCCGGAGUACCAGGUGCUUCCCUUACCCUCCCCCGCCGACGAAGAUGCCGCGAGCAGCCACGGGCGUGCGGUCUACGCCAAUCUCCCCUUGCGCCUAGUUGGUUAUCGCAGCGGCCACCGGUUCUCCUUCACGUACCGGCUGGUGUAUGCUUCUGGAGAAAUCCGUUGGCUCGGCGCAUUUGGCCAGAACGGCACAUUGGUAGUUGACCAACUGUCCUUGCCGGAAGCCUUGGGAGUCACUCUAGGAGAGGGAUGGGAAGUUCAGGACGACGGAGUUGUGCUUUUCGAGGGCGGGCCGGCAAACCGUCAAGAGGUUGGCAAGCUUUUGGCCGGUCGUUCUUGGUCGACUUGGGCGGUUGGGAGGGAUAGAUUCUCCCCCACCCACAUGGCAGAAUCAAGCACUGCUCUGGUUCUCGUCCCCAGUUUGCGCGGUGAUGCCAUUACCACCACUCCACCUGUGGUCAUAAGUGCAUCUUCUGGCACGACCAUCGGCAUCGACGCUCGCGGCCGUAUCAUCUUUUCCUCAGACAAUGACGGCGCCCGUCUUGCUCUUCGUAUCAUCGAUGAUACCAGAUUCGUCGCGCUGACUGACUGCGACGUCCACAUACGCUUGCUGGGAAGCCAUCUCAACCCAGCGUCCGCCAGGAUUGUAGCGUUCCAUGCGCCAGGUGCGCAACUGCCACUCUCGGUACUGGUUCUACCUCCGCAAGAUGGGCGUGCUAGUCAAGAAGUUCCCCUCGACAUCAGCGCUCUGGCGCCAGCCGUUCCCAACGGCGCUCCUCGGUCUUUCGUGGUAACGACUUCGAAUAAGCAAGUCUUCUUGGUACCUCCUGAGGAUGAGCAGACCACGGUCAGCGUGGGUGCCCUCGGCGGAGUCGCUUUGGUCGCUCCUCUGUACGAUCUAGCCACUCUAGAAAGUGCGCCAGAAUACAGCUGGAAGGUUUCCGUGUUGCAGCCGCGCACCAACGGUACGCUCACGAAGUUCGAAGAGGAAGUUGACGCAGUCCCGCAGCGCUUGCUGCCCACUCCUCCGCCUUCUCCGCCUACGGCCAUGCGAGUCGUCCAGCGUCCCCCUCCCCUCGCGCUGCCCUCGUUCGCCGAGGCAUCGGAGGUACUUAGCUCCAUGCAGUCGUCUGCUCGGUCUUCCGCGGUUUCCAUACCUGCCGCUGCACCCGUCUCCGCCUCGCCGACCUCGGUCACGAACGUGCGGCCUCCUACUCCGUACCCCAUCACCCGCACCCGGGAUGAGGCAGACGACCUUGCGAUUAUGCGCCUGCACAGCAUCUACCCACUGCGCCCAUACGCCCAAGUAUUGCUGGCUAUGUUCGCGUGGAUAUGGCGCGUCAUCUUCCAGCGGUUCGCCUUCCUUUGGCUCGGUGCAGCGGGCGUACAUGUCUCCGAAAGCGGGGCAGACUAUGAUGAAUCUACCACGCCUGUCAACAGCCCGGAGGCUGUGGCACACGAGGAUAGACAGCCCGAUGACGAUGGAGAGAGUGUAGGCGAAGAUGAAGUGGCGGACGAAGACAUUCCCGAAGCCAUGCCUACGCCUACGGCCGUCGCCACACUUAUCCCUAGCCCCAUCCUGCAGCCGGAACCCAAGAUACCUGUCGCCAGUCCCAAGAUGGUCAGGUCGCUGCCGGCCAUACGAUAUGAUGUCUCGCACCAUGACGGUCAAAUCGCUCUGCUCGUCCAAGCCCCCGACGAUAACUCCUCAGUUUCCGAGCGCAUGCGGUUUGUCAUGAAUGGCAAACCUGUGACUGAGCCUCACAUUGUGGCGAAACGCAACGGCCACCACGUCGUUCAGCUCGACGCCCCCAUUGGCUGCGAGAGCAAGUUGCUGGUGACGUUCAUCUAG